AUGCGCUCCCGAACUGGCUGCUUGACAUGUCGGACUCGCAAGCUCAAAUGUGACGAACAAAAACCGGUCUGCACGCAAUGUCGCAAAGGUGGUCGAGAAUGUCGGCCCAGCGAGGGCAUCGUUUUUCGCCAUCAGCAGAACGCGUCGAUGAAUAAUAGCCAACAGCAGGCACCAGAAGGGCGUGGAGAUUUGAAAGGGUUCUACUCGUAUAAGAACACGUUCGACAAGGAUAGUGUCUGGCUAGAUAUCCCGAAACACGUCAUCUUCGUCGACAAUUCCGACCCGUACGCCGACGACCUUGAAAUCGCAGAGUCGAGCGCUGUCGCACUGGCCCAGGCCCAGAAUCAGAGAUGGGGUAGUGACUGCAGGGCCAGCGAUGCAGAUUCGCACGGCCUCGAAGCCUUGUCCGCCGUUGCGAGCCACGAUCGCUUCCCAUACUCCCCCAUGACCCACUCCGUCUCCGACAGCGUCUCGUAUCCCUCUCCGCACCGGUCGCGAAGCAGUGCGAUGCCUCCUCCCACCUCACCAUCGAUGUCCAUAUCUGCCAGCAGCAAUAACACAAACAUCAACUUCCUCCUGAACCCGUCGCAUUCCCUGUCCCCGCCCGUCGACCCUUCCAUGACACCCGACCAGAGGCGUGCCUCCCUUCCAUCGCGACCAGCUGCAUUAUCGAGAUCAGCAACUGAGCAAAGAGUGGAUAGCCCUGCCGAGACAGAUUUCGAGGUUGCUUUCCUGUUGCGACAUUAUACCGAAGGCCCAGGCUUAUGGAUGGAUCUGUUUGACUUGGGCAUAUAUUUUGCCUCGUAUGUCCCAGUACGAGCGAGGUCUAACCCCCUUCUCAAAUACGCUGCUUGCGCAUAUGCUGCAAAGCAACUAGGCUGUGUCAAGGGUGCUAAGGCGAAGAUGGGCGGAGUCUGCUCACGGCAGGCUGUUAUGGAAGUGUGGCCUGAUAAAGACACCGAUUUCCUUUGGCACGGGGCUAAAUAUUAUGAAAAGGCCAUCCAACUGCUAAUGAAAGAGUUGCAACCGGACGCAGAAGGCCCGCCUCCGCUCAGCACACCGGAAGCUUUUGGACAGUGGCAGGCAAACGAGCUCUGUGACGAUGCAGAGAACCCCCGGAAGCGUCGGCGGCGUGUCUCUAAUAGUAGGCUUUCGCGGGGUGUUCAUUCGGAUGAAGUCCUGGCGGCGACGGCUAUACUGUCAGUGUAUGAAUUCCUCGACGCAACGGGCCCUGCGUGGAAUCGUCAUUUGAGCGGCGUGAAGUCUCUUCUCGAUGUGGCCGAGGUGGGCAUCAUGCCAUUGGAGCAUCGGUCGUCGGAUGGAAACAGCCCGUAUCAAUACAAGAAGUCCAGCUUGUCCAAGGCGCGCAAGGCAACGUUUUGGAACUUCGCGCGCCAGGACUAUCUUGCCGCCUUCAUCAAUGAAUGCCACACAAGGUUGAACACAGACGACAUCGUGCUGUGGACCGAAGCCGGUUUGCAGCUCGACCACAUGGGAUUCGUGCAACCCAGCAACACGGGCAAUGCAGGAUAUCCCGAAGGCAACGACGUAAUGAAAGAAGACCAGAUUUGCAACGCGCUUGUCUGGAUCCUCUCGAAGAUCGUCAAUCACAUAAGCUCAGGCGACAACCUCAGUCUGAACGACACCCGGUCCGUCGACAGCGAGCCCCUCGGCGUCUCCCAGCAGUUCCUCCUAGAACGAUGGUACAGACUGGAAGCCGAGCUGGACGCAUGGUACAACGGUCUGCCAGGCACAUUCAAGCCCUGUGCGCGGAUCGAGCCGUCUCGCAUCGCACACUACCGCCCCGCUGACGAAGCCAAGGACCUCACCACGCUGCAGGAAAUCUGGCACAGUAUCCCAAUGUGCGCUUCCAGCAUGCAGCACUACCACAUGGCGCGCAUCCUGCUCCUAAUCAACAAGCCGCACGAAUCGACCAGCCGCCGGAGCACAAUCACGCUGCGACUUCAAUCGUAUCGCUCCAUCGAGGCUGAGAUCGGGUUCCACAGCCGCGAGAUCCUGGGCAUCGGGCUGGCGCGGCCGGACGGCGGCGUGAGGAUCAAUUCAUUGCAGCCGCUGUUCGUGGCGGGCCAGUGCUUGACGGAUGCGCGGGAGCGUCGCACCGCCAUUCGGCUGUUACGGGCUAUCGAGGCGGAUCUGGGCUGGGCGACUGAGUACCGUGUGCAGCAGUUGUUGAAAGAAUGGGGGUGGGAUGAGGCCUUUCUGCACCGGACAGCGGACACGUGA